GCGAACACGUCACUUCCCACUUGACCUUUCGAUUGUCAUCGUACAGCCAUGGCGAUUGAACUCAAGCGCUACGAGAUUGAAGAAAGGCUCAACAAGGCAGUUGAGAAGGUCAAGCAGCUCCUUGGCGCGGAGAAGGCUCCACAGCUGGCAGGCGACGUGCACCACGAGUAUGAGGACAAGUACCUCCUGGUGGAGCGCGCCACGAAUCUGGCGGCCUGCGCUCAGCUGAACUGCCUGGGGCUCCUGGGCAUGUCCAAGGAACAGCUCCAGACCCUGCGGACCUGGGCUGCAGGACAGGAGGUGUCUUUGCGCUUCAAGUCCAAGGAGACCUGCGCCUUCCUGCGGGAGGAGACUCGAGAAGAGGAAGCGCCCAGGAAGGCCGUGGAGGAGGUCACUGUGGGCGGCGUUUUACGCAGCGCCAUCACCAGCAAGGUCGUGACGAAGAUCACCGAGUACUUUUGGAACUUCGAGGCCAACUUCACCUUGGAAGCGUUCAAGGGCGUGGGCGCGGACGCCUCGGACCGGCUGACCAUUUGGAGCCGCCAGGGGCAGGUAGAGCUGAAGACGGCCACCAAGAAUCCGGCGCCCCACCCAGAAGUGCGAUCACCCGCCAUCAGCAAGGAGGUGAACAUCAGCUGGCUGCUCCGCUCCAUGUCCGACCCCUCCACUCUGAUGCCCUCCUUCGGCAUUGACCGCAAUGCCAAGGCGUGCAAGACGCCCCGGAGGAACGGCGAGACUUUGAAGGCCUUUGCACACUUCCAGGCCAUCGCCCACUGGACGUCCUACCUGGCGGACUAUAUCAACCACCUGCGCGAUGUUCAGCCGAAGAAGUUGGAUGACAGCACGCUGUCCUUGGAGAAUGUCUUUGUACCUGUGGCGCCCAUCAUGUUCAAAGAUGGCAUCGACGAGGUAGAGGAGGCCACCUCGGGCCAGCUGCUGGCGGCGCUGGCCAAGCCUGGGGCGGCGGCGGGUUUGGUGCUCACGGCCUCCGCGGGGAAUCUGAUGCUCGCGGAGGAGCUGCGGACUUUGAAGGAGCAGCGGGAGAACAUCCUCACCGCCUUCCCUGGAGACAACGGCAUCUUCACCUGCGCGGAGGCAUGCAUGUGCCUGACCUUGACGCACAUGCGCUCCAUUACCGAGCGCUGGGCGCACGCGGUGGACUACGUGGAGAGUAUGCUGAGGAAGCAGCUUGUAGCUGCCAUUGGCAAGGAGGUCACCCCUUCGGAGUUCGCGUCCUACAUGCGAUUUCACUACCGGAAGCUCUUCCUGGAUGCGUACCAGCCCAACCAGUUCUGCUUCGCAGUGCGGCGCUCGGAGGUGCACGGCCCGGAGGGCACCGUGAGUAUCGAGGAGACACAUGGGGACCAAUCAGCGCCCAUUGUGACCCUGGAGAACCACGGCAGCACGCCCACUGCCAUGAACUUCCCGCUGAACGCCUCCACCACGAUCAGCUUUGAAGGCCCGGUGCAUCUGCACGGAUGGCUCUGCCACAGCUUCUCGGGCCAGACGGGCGCGCAGCUGUCUCUGAGGGCCCGCGCCAGGCAGUUCAGCUCGAUGCUGGUGCUGGUGGGACGUGUCACGUCAGCCACCUCCUUCGACCCCACCUACGCGGCCAUUGUGCAGAACAAGGACGAGCUGACUGUCCCGCUGGAGAUGUCCGUCAUUCCAACUCCCAAGGAGUUCAAGGACGCCAUCGCCUCGUUGUCCCCGGAGCAGCAGAAGUUCGCCAAGGCCUUCCGCGCCAUGCAGCUGGAAAGCACUCUCUUCGGCGUCUUGGUGGUUCAGAUCAAGCCGCAACUGGAGAAACUGCUGAACCUGCAUGAUGACAGCCUCACCAAGGAGAUCAAGCUGACCCAAGAUCUGAUGGAACUCUUCCUCAAGUACCAGAUCCCCAGCGACCUGCUGUCCUUCAGCGAAGAUUCGCCUGAAUUGAAGACGGCUCCGGCCACCGCGCGCUUGGCUGCGGUGAAGGGCCAUGUGAAGAACAUGUAUGACAUGAUCAACCAGGAGAAGGAGCAGGAGAUCGCCGACAAGAAGCAGCAGGCGCUUUUCCAGAACCCCUUGCAGGUGGAGACGCACCUUCAGAGCCUCGUGCUGUGCGAAGAGCAAGGCGGUGUACGGGGGCUUCGGAGCCGCGAGGACGCUGCACCUGCCAGGCGAUCCGUGAAGCAGCGUGCCCGCGCCGCCCCAGCGCCGCCGCCUGUGCCGUCCCCGCCGGCCGCGGCCAGCGGCGCGGCGCCUCCUGCGCCGCAGUCCGCAAAGCCGGCGCCGAAGCCGGCAGAGCCGAAGGCGGAGCCGCAGGUGCCAAAGGAAAGCCAGGCCGGCGGUGGAAGCGGAAGCAGUGGCACCUGCACGACGCGGGACUAUACACAGGUGCCGCAGGAGAUGGACUCCCAAUUCGAGAAGUUGGACCCGGACAGCGCGUUGCGGCCCACCAUCAUCAACGUGGGCAGCGCUUGGAAGAAGCGCUCGCAGAAGGCGUUGCUGGCCGAGCCCAAGGAGUCGGGCCUCGACAGUGACGAGCAGAAGCGCGAGAAGGAUGCAGCCUUCGACCUGCUGGAUGCCAUCACAAAGUCAGGCGCUUUGCCAUUGAGCCACGCAUCCUUGCACAUCGUCAUUGCGGCCACGCACUGCUUCGAUAAAACAGUGGUGGACACUGUGGUGCAGGACAACGUGAACCCCAUCGAGAAGGUGGAGCGCUCGACUUUGAUCAUGGCCUCCACGGUGCACCAGCAGCCGGUGGCCGCGCUGAUGAAUGAGGCCAGCCAGCAGCGGGUGUUCAACGCGUCUCCCCAGCUGUUUUUGCAGGACGCAAAGGACGCGAAGGAUGAGGCGUAGUCGACUGGUCCUCCAGUUUACCAGUUGAGGUGGA